AUGGCUGACGAUAAAGAAGUUGAGAAAACUAUUGCUGAAGACUUGGUAGUCACCAAGUACAAAUUAGCCGGGCAAAUUGUUAACCGUGUCCUGGAACAAGUAAUUGCUAAAUGUGUUCCCGAUGCCAGUGUCAGAGAAAUAUGCGAAUUUGGUGAUAAACUUUUGUUAGAUGAAACUUCUAAAGUAUUUAAGAAGGAAAAAGAUUCUAAAAAGGGUAUAGCGUUCUCAACAUGUGUCUCCGUAAACAACUGUAUUUGCCACUUCUCGCCUAUCCCAAGUGAAUCGGAUUAUGUCCUAAAGCUUGGAGAUCUUGCUAAGAUUGACCUUGGAGCUCAUAUAGAUGGAUUCAUUGCCGUGGUGGCACACACUGUUGCAGUUGGUGGUGGAGAAGUAUCAGGCCGGGCUGCUGAUGUCUUGCUUGCAGCUCAUCAUGCUAGUGAAGCCGCCUUGAGAUUGUUACGGCCUGGAAAUGAGAAUUAUGCUAUAACUGAUGUUGCACAGAAAAUAAGUGCAGAGUAUGGUUGUAAGCCUAUAGAAGGAAUGCUCUCUCACCAACUGAAGCAGUUCAGGAUUGAUGGUGAGAAGAGCAUUAUUCAGAACCCAACUGAAGCACAGAGAAAGGAACAUGAAAAGGCUACAUUUGAGACAUAUGAGGUUUACGCAAUGGAUGUUCUUAUUUCUACUGGAGAAGGUGUGGGACGUGAAAUGGAUACUAGAUGUACAAUAUACAAGAAAACUGAUGAGAUCUAUCAAUUAAAAUUAAAAGCAUCAAGAAUGUUUUACAGUGAGGUUCGCAACAAACAUGGAUCAAUGCCAUUUAAUCUAAGAAGUUUUGACAAGGAGACAAGUGCAAGACUGGGAGUUGUUGAAUGUGUCAACCACAAGCUUAUUGAACCUUUCCAGGUCCUUUAUGAGCGUCCUGGUGAGUUGGUAGCUCAAUUCAAGUUUACAGUGUUGCUAUUGCCAAGUGGCACUCACCGUAUCACUGGCCUGCCUUUUGACAAAGCUCAAUGCAACACCGAGCGUACAAUCAAGGAUCCAGAACUCAAUGCCCUUCUCAACUCAUCCACUAAAUCUAACAAAAAGAAGAAAAAGAAAGCUGGAGCUGAAGAGCCAAUGGAAGUAGAGACGGCUGCCUAG